GAUAGACGAGAGGAGCGGGAUGUUUAAAAUACCCUGGAGACACGCUUCCAGUAAAGCUUGGGACGAAGAAAUUGAUACAAAACUCUACAGACUAUGGGUCGAAAACACAGGAAAGACAGUUCCGCCGGAUUUGAAGUGCAAGAAACUGAAAGCAAACUUUCGGUGUGCUCUAAGGAGCCGUCCUGACAUUGAAGAAGUGAAAGGACUGAGAACAAAGGAAUACAGGGUCUUUCGUUUUACAGGAAAAAGAAAAUACAAUGCAACUAAUGAAAAGCAGGUAAACGAGGAAGAAACAUCAUUGAAGGUGUUUAGUGGCAAAAAUAAUACGACAGUCCGAGAGAAUUCCUAUCAUUUUCCUACUUUCCACCAAGACAACUUUUUCUUUAAUAACUCAGAAAUUCCCUCUUUCAUGGCAGUUAAUAGUCCCACAUAUGCCGAAAGCUUCGCAAAAGAUAUGUCCUCUUUACUGCAAACGAACGAAUCAGAGAAUGGACUUAGUUUUGCAGAAGACAUAACCUACAAUGAUGAUUAUUCUAGUUUGUCCUUCAUGGCAUAUUGCGAAGAAAGUUUUGGAGACUCAAACAAUGGAAUACCGUACAGUUAUUUCGAAAACAAAGGAGAAUUAGAGCCAAUGAUUCCAUUAACUCGUGGACAAAAGAGUGUGGACAGUAGAGAUGUAAAGAGUGUUUUUGAGUCUGACUUGGAUUUUUUAAAACAUCUAGAGUUUUGACAAAGCUAUAGAAUGUGAUAAAUUGUACUUGGAAAACAAAUCUGAUAAAGAAGUGGGAUCUUAUCUGGUCAAAAAUAUUCGAUUCUUUGUGGACAUAUGCUAUGUGUGGGAGGAGUUCCAACUCGCUCAUCAACUUAUUGACAAAAUUUCCGUGUUUACGUUAUCUUUAGGGUGUAUUUUGUUUACCAAAAUGUAUGUGUAGUUCGAUUGUAUAGUGUUAUCCAGGUUUAUCGCCUAUUGAUACUCAGAACACUUCAACCUGAAUAUUAGACAAACUGCCCUUGAUAAACCUUGUCACGGGAAAAAGAAAACCUUGUGUGGUUUAACACAAUAACUUCGUUUAACGUUUGUUUAAAAUAUUAGAACUUUUGAAUAACACAUUUUGUGGUGUUUGGUUUUAGAAUAUAAAAAACCGUUAAACUUCUAGAAUUAGAAAUAUAAGGUCGAUAUGUCUUAAUGGCAGAGCAAAAGACAAAAGUCCAAAGUUCGUUCUAUGUUAUCUCCGCAUAAUAUAAUCAGCU